AUGUCCAGCGACGAUGGUUCUUCCGCUUCCGCCUCUGGAGCUUCAGCUGCCGCUAGCUCCUCCGCCCCGGCCCAAAACCAACCACUCGCCCGCAACGACCAACACGACGCACCGGACCGUCCGGUGUCUGCCAUCACCUUCCGACUGCCGCAGUACUGGCCCGGCGAUCCGCAGCUUUGGUUUGCACAGGCAGAAGCGCAUUUUGCCAACCAUCGCAUCACCAACCCGCGGGCCAAGUAUAAUGUCGUCGUGAGUUCGCUGGCUCCUGAAUACGCCGCUGAGAUUCGGGACUUGCUCCUAGCGCCGCCAGCCGAGGAGCCGUACCAAGUCCUGAAAGAGGCGCUCACCGCACGCACACAAAAGUCCGAUCAGGCACGGUUGCGUGAGCUACUCUCAACAGCCGACAUCGGGGACAGCCGACCAAGUCGCGUCCUCCGACGCAUGCAACAGCUUUUAGGCAGUAAGUCGCUAGACCCAACUAUCCUGCGCGAGCUAUUUGUACAGCGUUUGCCCGUGACGGUCCGCCUGAUUCUGGCUGCAACACCUGCAAGCCUCAGCCUGGACGAACUUUAG